GAAGCUGAGGCCAAGAAAGCUUGUGACUGGCUGCGGGCUGCAGGAUUUCCUCAGUAUGCCCAGCUCUACGAAGAUAACCAGUUUCCUUUGGACAUCGCCUGCGUGAAGAGAGACCACAGCUUUUUGGAUCAGGACUCCCUCAAAUCACUCUGCAGGCGGCUAAUGACACUUAAUGCCUGCGCUCCUAUGAAGCUGGAUGUUCAUUACCACCGAAAACAGAAUGAAGAAUCUGAUGAAGAUGACCAGUGUGCGAUUAGUGACCGAUGGACCUUCCAGAGGGACCAUGGUCGCUGGUCUCGUCUGGAGUCCGUGGAGCUCCUUUCUCCGGACUUUAAUGGAUCGCCUACGAUGAAGAGCACGUCGAGCAGGGACAGCAUAUUGACUGACCUCAGCACGGAACUGGAGGCCACCUCCCUGCGAAGCUUAGGAAGCAGCCGGGGAGCUAUGGACGUAGCAGUCACUCCCUCGUCGGAGCUUUGCUCUUCGGAUAGUUCUCCAGCCACCACCAAGCCGUGCAGGAGUCUUAGCGACCAAUCUCUAGCUUACCACCGAUGUGGUUCGAAGGAAAAAUCCAAGAAAAGGAAAUCGAAGGGCUUUUUAAAGAGGAUGGAGUCCUUGCGGAGGAGAGAGAAAGAUAAAAAUAAAGACCAAACGUCCUUAGUUUCAAAUGACCUCGAAUGUUCUGGGACGGUUGAUCUACAUUGCCGGGGACGGUAUGACGACAACGGGGACAUUCCUGCAUAUGACAAAGAAUUCCUUCAUCCUGGCUAUAGGACUAAAUUUUUAUCCAGUGGCAGUAAUAGAAAGCCACACAUUGAAAGCCAUUGUAGGGGGGUCUAUUUGGAAGAUUUUGACAUGGCGGGAAAGAAUGACAUAAGGCAUAGACUGUGUCAAAAGUCAGAUCAUCUCGUAUGCAUCCCUGUGGACCAUAAGCCGGGCACUUUCCCCAGGUCUCUUUCAAUCGAAAGCUUGUGCCCAACAUCCCAAAUACCCUUGGAGAGUUGGCAAAUGGGGGGCAGCAAAUCCUUAGGACAUUCAGUGAGUAGCAGUAUGGACUCUCACGGACUGGAGGGCAGGCCAAGGAGAGGCUCAUAUAGUUCUAUAGGAAGCCGCUCGAGCAUCUAUGACAACGUCCCUGCUUCGCUAGCCGCCAAUGGGGAUCUCUUUGAGCUAGGGGGCAACGGCGACCUUUUUGGCCACCUUGAUGAUGUCCUCAAUCAUGUGAGGGGGGUGCAAAGAAUGGUUGAGAUGUGGUCUCGGUCAGUGUGCCCCGACCUCGAUGAAGAGGAGACUGAUUCGGGAGGAGAACAAACUGGUCACCUUGCUUAUGAGGAACGGUCCAUAUCUGACGUAGGCACCUCUGCCAGUGACUUUGACAGCACGGGAAAUUCCCUGAAUGACACAGAGGAGACGGAAAUGAGGGAAAGGCGAGAUUCUGGAGUUGGGGCAUCCUUAACCAGGCCGUGCAGGAAGUUGCGCUGGCACAGCUUCCAGAACUCGCACAGGCCGAGCCUCAGCUCUGCGUCCCUGGAGAUCAACCGGCAAUCCGCGGCCCAGCUCAAUCUGCUGCAGAAGCUGUCCCUGCUCAGGCUCACCGCCAUCAUGGAGAAGUAUUCCGUGCCCAGCAAGCAGGGGUGGGCGUGGACCGUUCCCAAAUUCAUGAAGAGGAGUAAAGUCCCAGACUACAGAGGGCGAGCAGUUUUCGGCGUCCCACCAAUAGUUAAUGUGCAACGGACGGGUCAACCUCUGCCGCAGAGCAUCCAGCAGGCCAUGCGCUACAUCCGCAGCCAGUGCCUGGAUCAGGUGGGAAUCUUCCGCAAGUCUGGGGUGAAAUCUCGCAUUCAGGUCCUACGACAGAUGAACGAGUCUUCUCCUGACAAUGUCGGCUAUGUGGGACAGUCCGCAUACGAUGUGGCCGACCUGCUAAAGCAAUAUUUCAGGGACCUGCCGGAGCCCAUCUUCACCAGCAAACUGACCGACACCUUCCUGCAGAUUUACCAGUAUGUCCCCAAGGAACAGAGACUACGAGCGGUGCAGGCAGCGAUUCUCCUGAUGCCGGAUGAGAACCGAGAAGUUCUACAAACUUUACUGUACUUUCUGAGUGACAUUUCCUCCGCUCAGGAGAACCAGAUGACUCCAGGAAACUUGGCCGUCUGCUUGGCACCUUCGGUCUUUCAUCUUAAUAUCUCUAAAAAAGAGACAGCUCCUCCUAGGAUCAUGCAGAGAAGAGGAACAUCUGGAAAACCUGAUCACAAGGAUCUCAGUGAGAACUUGGCAGCCACUCAGGGAUUGCUCCAUAUGAUCACCGAGUGCAAGAAGCUCUUCCAGGUCCCUCACGAUAUGAUGCUCCAGUCCCGGAACUCUUAUGUAGCUGCAGACACCCAGCCGCUGUCCCUGGAGGAUUUCUGUGUGAGCUCCGCUGGAGAAACCCGGGAUCUUUCUUCUCUUCUGGACAGCAGCAUCCAGAAUCUUCUCCAGGAGUCUUCAGAACGCUUUAAAGGGUGGACGGCCAUGCCUGGCCCAGAGAACACGGAGCUGUCAUGUAGGAAGGCUGGUGAUGGGAACCCUUUGCGUCUAUGGAAGGUCUCCACGGAAGUCGAAGCUCCGCCAAGCUCAUUACUGCAUCGUGUUUUAAGAGAGCGCCACCUAUGGGAUGAUGACCUCUUGCAGGGCCGAGUGGUGGAAACCUUGGAGCAAAAUACCGACCUCUUCCACUAUGUGACAGACAGCAUGGCUCCACACCCGAGGCGGCAAUUCUUAGUACUGCGUAAAUGGCGCUCGGACCUUCCCAGGGGAGGAUGCGUCUUGGUAUCCACAUCCAUGGACCAUGCCACGGGCCAACCAGAAGAGGGGGUUCAAGCCGUCAUUGUCAGCUCGCAGUAUUUAAUGGAGCCGUGUGGAAUGGGACGGAGCAGGCUGACUUACAUAUGCCGAGCAGACCUCAGAGGGCGUUCUCCAGACUGGUACACCAAGGUGUUUGGACAUCUCUGUGCAAUGGAAGUGGCUCGUAUCCGCAACUCGUUCCCUCCUCUGAGUCCAUGUGGACCUGAAACUAAGCUCUAAGAAAAUGUAGUUAUCUAAGCGACUUCAUCCCACCGGGAAAUUGUGUGGAGAAGGUCUCUUGAGAGCCUUGUCACCACAUCUACCACCUUUCCUGGUCAAGAUGGACAAGUGGAGCCACGUCAUCUAGCGUGGCCUAUUCAUUGAUGCACUUCCCGUCCGUGGAAAGCCGGAGCCAAACAUCUCCGCGAU